GAGUGAGAAGUGUGUAACACAAGGGAAAAGGUGAAAGUUGAAGGGUGUAUGGUUUGUCAACAUGGCAUCCAUCAGCGUAAAACAUGGACUGUUCUCUACCAAAGCUUCCUUUAAAAAAACGAUAUUGCCAUAUUCUGUUUACAUACAAAGACCGACAGAAGUGAAGUGUUUAAGAGCAUCAACAAACUCAACUAAUCAACACAACGAAAAAUACUGUAUUGACCUUGUAAGGUCGCGGGACUAUGACGGAUUUCUGUGUACCCUUCUUUUACCUGAGGCCGCCCGUCGAUCCGCCUUGGCCCUAAGGGCUUUUAAUGCGGAACUGGCACAGGUGAAGGACUCAGUUUCCCAGAAAACUAUUGGUUUGAUGCGUAUGCAAUUCUGGAAAACAGCAGUGGAAGAAAUUUACAGGGACGAUCCCCCAGUCCAACCAAUUAGCGCUGAACUAUGGAAGGCGGUCCGGAAGCAUACACUGACCAAAAGGUGGUUGUUGAGAGUCAUAUCUGAAAGAGAGAAAGACCUGGAAGACAAGGCCUACAGGAAUCUUCAGGAGCUGGAGGCCUACUCUGAGAACACCCAGUCCUCACUGCUCUACCUUCUCCUGGAGUCACUAGGUGUAAAAAAUGUACAUGCAGACCAUGCAGCCAGCCACAUUGGCAAGGCACAAGGCAUCGUCACGUGCCUGCGAGCGACACCAUACAACAGCCGACGGAGAAGGGUCUACCUCCCCAUGGACAUCUGCAUGCUGCAUGGGGUGUCUCAAGAAGACUUCAUCCGUGGGAGCCAGGAGCAGAAGGUCAGGGACGUGGUUUACGACAUCGCCAGCCAAGCUCAUGUACAUCUACAGCAUGCCAGAUCAUUCAGCAAGAGCGUUCCAGCUGCAGCUUCAGCCACCUUCCUGCAAACUGUUGGCCUGGAGGACUACCUGCAGCGAGUGAGGAGGGUCGACUUUGACGUGUUCCACCCCAGCCUACAGAAGAGGAACCCGCUCCUUCCUUUACAACUCUAUAUCAGGUCAUGGAAACAGACCUACUGAUGUCCGCAAGCACUGGGCUUUUUUUGUUUUUGUAGCUACGAUUGCAAAAUUCAUGCAGUUCAUAUGAAGUAAUACAAAGGCACUGACUCAGUGAGUACUUAAAUAAAUCAUAUUGACCUUG